GGAGUUCUUGCUCCAUCUCUGCACGCCCAGGCUCCGUGUCCGGCUCCGAUUUGAGUAAUCCGGGACCGAGAUCCUCACAAGUUCGUGGAGCGAAACCGACUGCGGAAGCCAAGCCCCGCCCUUUGUACGCUGAUUGGUUGAGAGUCCGACGUUGCUGAUUGGUCCAGAUUAAAGUUGACUCUGAUCGACAGCAAAGGCCUGGUCCAAGCAGCAAAGCCUCGGUCUCAAUUAUCGCUCGAUGCGGCGCAAUGACGGAGCCAUCGAUGGAAGAGAUAUGCCCGGACUGGGGCGACGAGGAGCGCAUGGCCUUCCUCUUCUCAGCCUUCAAGCAGAACCGCGAGGUGGACUGCUCGGACUGGGACAGUAAACUCGCCUUCUGGUCGGCGCUGAUACUGGAAGCAUCGCGCCGGCGGGGCCGGAUCGGCUUCACCCUGCGGGAGCUCGGGGUCUGGUUCCAGAGGAAAGGCUCAUCACCUCUCGGCCUUGACACCGUGGUGCAAGACAUGACCAGACGAGGGCUGAUUCAGAAGGAGUCAAGCUUAGCGGCAAGUGUUGAUGCUGGCUGGCUGGCAUGGGGCGUGGGGCUGUUCCUCAUCAAGCCCUUCAAGUGGACACUCUCCUCUUUUCUGGGAAACAGUACUGUUUCGCCUGAUGAAUCGUUCAUUGUUAUUGAGCGACUAAAGGAAAAGGCGGCUGAUGUUUUAAAACUUUGCCAUAAUUUCCUGGACAAAUCACAUCCCGUGGCAGCUUUCUCGACACUGCAGCAAGUGUGCCAGACUGUGUGCGAGGAUGAGAAGACCUUCUGUGUGUGUCUGCUGCAGCUCCAGAAAGAAAAGAAAGUCACAGUUGUUGAACUUGAUGGUGAUAAGAUAGUGAAGUUCACCCACCCUACCAGCAGCAAAGUUUUGGCAGUAACUGAGGUUGACAUUGGGGUGUACCACUUGGUGAAUUGUGAGAAGAUGUUAUCACAGAAAGCAGAAACACUUUCCCAGGAGGCUGAAAGUUACAAAGAGGAUGCAAGGAAGCACUUAAAGGCCGGUAAAAAGAAUUUGGCACUGAAAUCUCUAAAAUUGCGGAAGAGAACAGAUAAACAGCUGGAGGAUAUCCACGCAAAACUUGAUAUGAUCCAGACUAUCCUCGAUCGCAUUCACUCUUCCCAGACUGACGUAAAGGUUGUUGAAGCUUAUCAGGCGGGGCUCGGAGCUUUGAGGCAGUCCAUGAAAGAUGUGAGUGUAGAGAAAGUUGAGAACCUGAUGGAUCAGAUUGAACAGUUCUGUGAAACACAGGAUGAUAUAAACCGGACUCUGGCUGGUGAAAACUUUGCUGAAAUAGGAGGUGUUAACAUGAGUGAAUUGGAAGAUGAGUUGAAUGCUCUCUUGGAAACCACACCGGAGAAAAUUUCUGUCCUCCCAGAUGUACCGGCAGGCCCACUUCCUGGGUCUCCCAGUUAUGACCUACUGGAUGCGGAGCUGGAGGAGGAGUUCAGUAAGCAGUCUGUUAAAGGUGGUGCUACGGAAGGAGGAAAAACUGCUAUGUCACUGGAACCUGCACAAUAAAUCCUGCUGCUACACCCACAGAGCAAUCCCUCCCUCACAUACGUCCUGAAUAACGAGGAAACUAGUGACAUGUGAUAACUGUAGCAGUCAGUCCCGGAGAAAUCUUCCAUUCUUCCUGGUUUGCUGUGAGACCUGGGAUAAAUGGUAGGUUCUUUUGCCCCAAAGAAGGGAUCUUGAGUCAUCUGGGGAAGAGGAGAACUUUUCAUGUCCAUCUCCCUCAGGCAACAUUCAGUCAUUGAUUCUGUAUUAACCACUUUGGCCCAAAAUCGGCAGAUGUGGGUGCCGGGUCAGGGGCCCAUUACUGUGGAUGAUGUUUAAGGGUCCUUGGAGGGAGAAAGGGCUCAUUGCCCUGAUCAGCUCCAGAUUGCAGUGAUCUGAUAUCAAGAUGCACUUCUCACUGCCACUCCUGCUGCUAAAUAGUAGUUGGGGGAACAUUGAUGAGAGCAAACCAAGGAAAUUGACUGUCCUUAACUGACCUUACCAUCUUCUGUGGCAUUUGAAGAACUAGAUGUUCCACUGGAUGUUAUCACAAUGGCAUUAUUUAACAGACUAUGCCUGUCGCAGUCUUUGGGAUGAGCUCAGUCCGUUAAAUUUGAGAUGCUGCUGGACUUUCCAACUUGGUCUGCAGGACAUUGGUGUAAGUAUGAAAAUAAGAAGUCCUUGGAAAUCUACCACAUUAAUAUCUGGCAAGAAUCCAGCUCUGAGGGGGAGGUCUGAAAGGACAGGAUUUGCUGGGAGUUCACGUGAACCCAUUUGUAAUGUGCGUGAAAGAUUUCCCUAGAAAAUUACUUCCAUUGUCUCUGGUUAACUCCGGAUAGAAUUAUGAAGGUGUAUUUUGAUCAAAUUCAUCUCGACUUUUCAGUUUAUCUUUCCUUGCAGUUGUGAAUUGUGUGUGUUGUGUGAGAAGCCCCAGAGGACAGCCAGAGUGCAUAGACCCGAGAGGAGUAGCUGGGGAGAUGGUUGUCCUCAGCUUGCACUGGCUCCUGCUGUAUUUUUCAUUUACAAAUUGUACAGUCUUUGUUGUAAAUCUGUUUGUACAUGUGUUUUGGUAGAAUAUAUUACUAGCUAAAUGUCUGAAAUGUAGAUGAUCUUGAAACCCUUUUAUUGCCUGUUUGAAAUUUAAAAAAAAAUAAAAGUGUGUGUUUUCCCUUUGA